AUGCAUACCUACUCUAUUUUUAUUCUACCCUUCCCUAUACCCUUUCCAUGCUCACUCCCAUCUCCUAUGGCAACAAAACCAACGAAGACUAACGAAGGAAUCCUAUGGGACUUCAGACCAACCUAGAUGUUUAUUAGAGGAUCAAUCGUAUACGAGCCUUUAAAUCCUCUUCCUAACUAUAUUCCACCUCGAGCGUCACCACCAUCGCCGCCAAAAAUGAAUGGGAAAUAUAGCCUUCCACCUCUCACAAUGUCACCUCUCGUGGAGCCAAGUGUCACUGGUAGCUUUGACCACGGAACUACUGGAUUGAAAAAAAGCGCGUCAAUUGAUGGAAUUUUCAAGCGAAAACCUGUUGACCCAGCCGAAUAUUUUGCCCAAUUCAAAGUGCCCAGCUAUCUCAAGACAUAUGAACCCCCAGUUCCCUUGUUCACAAUUGUUCGCCGUUCCGAGUCUCUAAAUGCGCGAAGAACAGAAUCUCGGAGAAACGAGGAUAUCCCGAAGCUCGCAAAUAACUUAUGGAGUAACGAUACAGCGGAUGACGUUGUUUAUAGAAUCCUAACAGGCGGAGGUUGGGGUCGCGAUGAGCUGCCUCCACCGGCUCCGAGGGUUCAACGACCGAAGAAUGGACAGAAUCGUCACCUGUGGCACAAAGAGGAGUCUUCUCAAGGAGUGAUCAGAGGAGUUCGGAAGUUCGCCGAGCCUAUGGGCUAUGAUCAUCAGUCACGUCGUUUGGAUUGA